CUUUUCUCUCCGGUCAACACCCUCCAGCCUCCAAGUGUGGGCAGCAUAUUGCCAUUCCAAAAGACCGGGCCGCAGAAUUAGAAUGUCCGAAAUGAACACCGAUGAUGUUCCUACGAUGACGGCUGUCACAGCGGAACUUAUGGAAGAGGGUCAGCUCCAUGACGUGCACCAACAUGAAACUCACGACGAUAAUACCAUUCCGGUGGUCAUCGCAGAAGCUCCUGAAGCCACCGCCGUCGAAUCCUCUUCCAUUCAUCAUGCAGAGGGACACGUCGUGCUAACGGUCGAAGAUCUACAACCCAUUGCGUUCCAAAUUCCAAACCCGGUGGCGAUCACUACCUAUCCUGCGGGAAGCCGUGCCGAGUUUAUUAGCGCGACCAUCAUGAAGCGAUCCGUAGGUGACCAGCUUGGAAUGGCGAUUCGGGAGGGCGACGGACCCGGUCAGCUCGUGAUCUCCAGUCUGCGCGGAGACGGUGUCCUACAAAACUCUCCGCUGCGCGUGGGCGACACGAUUCUCAGCAUCAACGGAAAAAACUGUACAGAUAUGACUCAAGAUACCGCAGCAACCUACUUGCGUCAAGCCGAAGGGACGUUGACGAUUGUCGCGCACAACUC